GAGAAACGCCCUAAAGAGGAGGGAGAGAGGGAGGGAGAGCGCGGCUCCGGAGUGCAAGAGCGAGCUGAAGCUGCCUGCCGGCGGAGAGGAGGAGCGGGGCGAGGACGAGGAGGAGCGGGGCGAGGCGCAGGCGAGCUGGGACCCGGGGCGCGCGCACUUCUCCGCAAAGUGCCAACUUCCCCGGAGAGUGCCGGGCGCGCACCUUCUGGGCGCGGAGGAAAAGUCAGCGCCCAGACUCUCUUCUUUCCAGAGAUCUUAGGAAAGAAAGUCAGAUUCCCCCCCGCCCCGUCCCCUUUCCCCUGUUACUAAUCCUCAUUAAAAAGACAAACAACAAGAAUAACAGCAAACUUGCUAUAAUCCUGUCUGCCCCCCACUCUUGGCACCAUGAAGGCGGCCGUCGAUCUCAAACCGACUCUCACCAUCAUCAAGACGGAAAAAGUCGAUCUGGAGCUUUUCCCCUCCCCGGAUAUGGAAUGUGCCGAUGUCCCCCUAUUAACUCCAAGCAGCAAAGAAAUGAUGUCUCAAGCAUUGAAAGCUACUUUCAGUGGUUUCUCUAAAGAACAGCAACGACUGGGAAUUCCCAAAGACCCCCGGCAGUGGACAGAAACCCACGUUCGGGACUGGGUGAUGUGGGCUGUGAAUGAGUUCAGCCUGAAAGGUGUGGACUUCCAGAAGUUCUGUAUGAAUGGAGCAGCUCUCUGUGCGCUAGGGAAAGACUGCUUUCUCGAGCUGGCCCCAGACUUCGUCGGCGACAUUCUGUGGGAACAUCUUGAGAUCCUGCAGAAAGAGGAUGUGAAACCAUAUCAAGUUAAUGGAGUCAACCCUACCUAUCCAGAAUCCCGCUAUACCUCGGAUUACUUCAUUAGUUAUGGUAUCGAGCAUGCUCAGUGCGUUCCUCCCUCGGAGUUCUCAGAGCCUAGCUUCAUCACCGAGUCCUACCAGACACUCCAUCCCAUCAGCUCAGAGGAACUCCUCUCCCUCAAGUAUGAGAACGACUACCCCUCGGUCAUUCUCCGGGACCCUCUGCAGACAGACACCUUGCAGACAGACUACUUUGCCAUCAAACAAGAAGUCGUAACCCCAGACAACAUGUGCAUGGGGAGGACCAGUCGUGGUAAGCUCGGAGGCCAGGACUCUUUUGAGAGCGUGGAGAGCUACGAUAGUUGUGACCGCCUUACCCAGUCCUGGAGCAGCCAGUCGUCUUUCAACAGCCUGCAGCGCGUCCCCUCCUAUGACAGCUUCGACUCAGAGGACUAUCCAGCUGCCCUGCCCAACCACAAGCCCAAGGGCACCUUCAAGGACUAUGUGCGUGACCGUGCUGACCUCAACAAGGACAAGCCUGUCAUUCCUGCUGCUGCCCUGGCUGGCUACACAGGCAGUGGACCAAUCCAGCUGUGGCAGUUUCUUCUGGAAUUACUCACUGAUAAAUCCUGUCAGUCUUUUAUCAGCUGGACAGGAGAUGGCUGGGAAUUCAAGCUUUCUGACCCAGAUGAGGUGGCCAGGAGAUGGGGAAAAAGGAAAAACAAGCCUAAGAUGAAUUAUGAGAAACUGAGCCGUGGCCUACGCUACUAUUAUGACAAAAACAUCAUCCACAAGACAGCGGGGAAACGCUACGUAUACCGCUUUGUGUGUGACCUGCAGAGUCUCCUCGGGUACACGCCCGAGGAGCUCCAUGCCAUGCUGGACGUCAAGCCCGAUGCCGACGAGUGAUGGACACCAAAGGGGUCGGGGAAACUCUGCUGAGACAUUUCGAAGAACAACCGCGUCGGUCGGACUCUUAAUUUUUAAAUGUCAUUCUAUUUUUAAUUUUCCAGAACUCAUUUUUUUACAUUCAGGGGUGGGAGCUAAGUGGGCUGCAGCUAUAAUCAAUUGUGCGCAGUUGGAAAAAGACAGCCAGGACGUGAGGGGCGGGGGUGGGGGGUGAGGAAUUCUUGAGCAAAUUUUCAGGAAAGAGAGAAGGGUCUUCUUAGAAGCUUGAAGCAUCUGGCUUCAGGGAGGAGACUAAUGUGUCCAAUUAUUGUUAAAAAUCAUCCAUGAAAAAAAUGCAUCUUGAGCGGUGGACCUAUUAGCAAAAGAAGUUGACACGUCAGGAGUCCUGAGACCCAUGAAAGACAACUAAUUUGCUUUUGUUUUUAGGUCUGGGAGGGCAAAGAAGAAGGAGAUUGGAUAAAACAUUUGGUUUGGGGGAUGCACUAAAAACCAAGGACUAUUUACCUUUUACUCUUCUUUCGAAACAAAGAUCGACUUCAGUGGGGAGGGGCCAAAACAGUUUUUGUGUUAAAAGUUUUAUUUUAUUAAAUUUUGUGCCAGUAUUUUUUUUCUUAAGAAUCGUCUUAAGCUCUAAGGUGGUCUCAGUAUUGCGGUUUCAUGCAAGUUUGUUUUUAUUUGCCGACUGAGGAUUCUGUCACAGUGAAAGGAAACUGUUUAUAUAGACCCCACUGGAAACGCAAAGUGCUGUCACUCAGAUCGGGGAUCCCAAAUUCACGUGACUUCUGUAUGAAGGAAAAAAAAAAAUAAUGCUGAUUUGGGGACAAGGGACCUGUGCAUGUGAAUUUCAUCUGUAUCUUAAAAAAUUAUCACAUCCCUCUUCUUACUUGUCAUUAGUGGAUUCUCGGGGUUUGGACUUAACGUUGAGCUAAGAAGCAUUAAGUCUUUGAACUGAAUGUAUUUUGCAGCCCUGGUUUUGGACCACAGUAAAUGUAGGAGCACUGUUGAAGUCGUAGAAUGGAGAUCGAAGGAGGAAGAUUGACUUGGUUCUUAAUGGGUUCUAUACCUGUAACAUACAUGACUUGGAAUAAAAGCUGUGUGCAUGGGCA